AUGCAUGAAUUUCAAAGUCUUCAACAGCUACCCAAUCAGUUAUCAAAGUCUUUGUUACGGUAUACGAGUCAGCCUCCAUCAUCAUCUAAUGUCAAGGAGGGUUUUAGCUUGGUUAGUUUAGCAACAGCAAGCCCUGCAGUUAGAGGGAAUGACUCUGAUCAACAAGCUUUACUCCAGUUCAAAGCCAAGAUAACUGGUGAUCAACUCAACAUUAUGGAGUCCUGGAAUAGCUCCAUUCACUUCUGUCAGUGGAUCGGUGUUACAUGCGGUCGCAAGCAUCGAAGAGUCACCAAGCUGAAACUUCGAAUCCUCAAACUCUCUGGAUCAUUGUCACCCUAUAUUGGAAAUUUGAGCUUCCUCAGGGAGUUGGAUCUUGUGGGCAACAGCUUCUACAACCAAAUUCCUCAAGAGAUCGGUGGUUUAAGAAGACUAGAAGCAUUAAACCUGGCGAAUAACUCCAUCAGUGGUGAAAUUCCUUCCAAUUUAUCUGCUUGUUCUAAACUUAUAUUAGUUGAUAUGUCGGACAACCAGCUAACGGGAGAAAUACCUGCUUUGCUGGGUCUCUUGUCAAAUCUAAAAGUAUUGGGUUUUUUCAACAAUAGUUUGAGAGGGAAUAUCCCACCUUCACUGGGGAACUUGUCAUCCCUGGAGAGACUUGGUUUAACAUACAAUGCAUUAAGUGGGAUUAUACCUGAAUCUUUUGGACGACUGAGAAACCUUUCAUUUUUCACCAUAUUCGGAAAUGCGAUUUCUGGUAUUGUUCCUGUCCCAAUGUUCAAUCUCUCCAAUAUUAGAAGUUUUGAUAUUGGUGGAAACAAGAUUGAAGGUACUGUUCAUUCUGAUUUAGAAAUCAAUAUGCCUCAUCUUGAGUUCUUUUCUGUAGGGGAAAACCAAAUCUCUGGGCAAAUUCCACUUUCAAUAUCCCAUGCCCCGAAUUUGGGUGUUCUUGAAUUAUAUGAUAACAUGCUCGAUGGAAAUGUACCUUCAUUAGAAAAGUUGGAUAAAUUGUUUAGGCUUGCACUAGGAGGAAACCAUUUGGGACAUGGGAGAGAAGGUGACUUGAACUUUCUUUGCACUUUAGUCAACAAUACAAAACUAGAAAUUCUAUCAAUAACCGAAAAUAAUUUUGGAGGGGAAUUUCCAAAAUGCAUUAGCAAUUUUUCUAGCACACUUCAGGCUUUAUCGAUGAGUGAGAACAACAUUUUGGGAGAAAUCCCGGAUGAGAUUGGAAAUCUCAUCAAUUUGGAGGUGCUAGACUUGGCACAAAAUCAUUUAUCAGGUCCCAUUCCCUUUGAUAUUGGGAGGCUUUGGAAGCUAAAUAUAUUUUACGCUCACAGGCAGCAUUCCUUUAGGUCUAGUGGACCAAUACCCCCCGAAAUACUAGGACUAUCAUCCUUGUCCAUUGUACUAAGCCUAUCGUCUAACUCUUUGACUGGUGAGCUUCCUGUUGAAGUAGAAAAACUGAAAAAUCUGGGCCAACUGGAUGUUUCUCACAACAGGUUAUUUGGUUUGCUUCCAGACAACCUUGGGAGUUGUGUAAGUCUGGUCGAGCUGUAUUUGGAGGGCAAUUUGUUUGAAGGGCCAAUUCCUCCAUAUUUGAGUUCAUUGAGGGGUCUUGAGGCAUUGGAUGCAUCCAACAAUAAUCUUUCCGGUGGGAUUCUAGAAUUUCUUGUGAGGUUUGGGACAUUAAAGUACUUAAAUCUCUCUUUCAACAAUUUUGAAGGAGUGAUACCAAGUGAAGGAGUGUUCAAGAAUACAAGUGCUAUAUUUGUUGAGGGAAAUAAUAAGCUUUGCGGAGGCAUCCCUGAGUUACACUUGUCAAGAUGUAACUCCAAAACAUCAUCAAAAACUUCCCUUAAAUUGAAGAUCACAAUAAUUGUUGUGAUUUCAGGAGUGACUUUAGUAUUCUCUAUUCUGCUCAUAAUUUGGUUUAGAAAGAAAAAAGAGCAGAAGCCAACGACAACUCAUGUAGAAAAUUCCCUUCUACGGUUAUCAUACCAAAGCAUCCUAAGGGCUACUAAUGGAUUCUCCCCUCAGAAUUUGAUUGGUUUGGGAGGUUUUGGAUCUGUAUACAAAGGAAUUCUUGAAGCGAAUGGAGCAGUUAUUGCAGUAAAGGUGCUUAAUCUUUUGAAUCAUAGAGCUUCCAGGAGUUUCUUGGUUGAAUGCGAGGCUUUGAAGAACAUUCGACAUCGUAAUCUUGUCAAGGUAUUAACAGCCAUUUCAGGUAUCGAUUAUCAAGGCAAUGAUUUUAAAGCAUUGGUUUAUGAGUUCAUGGAAAAUGGAAGCUUGGGGGAUUGGCUACAUCCAUCUGUUGGCAUGAAUGAACCAGAGAUGAUGAGAAACCUAAACUUCAUUCAAAGAGUUAAUAUGGCCGUAGAUGUUGCUCAUGCACUCGAAUAUCUGCACCAUUGUUGUGAGACGCCGAUCAUUCAUUGUGACCUCAAGCCAAGCAAUGUUUUACUCAAUGGGGAACUGGUUGGUCAUAUAAGUGACUUCGGCUUAGCAAAAAUCCUUUCUGGAGAUAAGCUUAACUAUUCUACUAAUGAAUCAAGCUCCCUAGGAUUAAGAGGAACCAUCGGCUAUGCUCCACCUGAAUAUGGCAUGGGAAGCGAGUUGUCAACAAACGGCGAUGUAUAUAGCUAUGGCAUCCUCUUGUUAGAGAUGUUAACAGGGAAAAGGCCAACGAAUGAAAGGUUCAAAGAAGAUUUAAGUCUUCACAACCUUGUCAAAGCAGCUUUGCCCAAUCGAGUGGUUGAGAUUAUAGAUCCCAUCCUUCUUCAAGAGAGUGUCAGAGGAGGAACAGUAGCUGACAUCACUCUUAAUGAAAACAACCUGGGAAAUGACGAAUAUCUUCAAUGCUUGAAUUUGAUAUUCAAAAUAGGACUCACUUGUUCUGCUGAAUCUCCGAGUGAACGGAUGGACAUGAGUGAUGUUGUUACCAAGCUUUGUUCUAUUAGAGACAAGCUUCUCCGUCUAACUCGAUUAUAUCGUGGGAUUCAAACUCCAUAUUCAGCAGGCACCUAA